UACAAAGCCCAGUAUUAAAUCUCGUCUUUUCCCCUUACCAUCAAAUUUUUAGGGUUUCACAUAAAAGGAACUCACCCCUCUUUCAUCACAUUCCCAAUAGAUCCACAAACCCUAGCUGCUACCGAAAUCUCUCGACUGCUUGCAGGUAUUUUGCGGAAGAAAUGGCCAAGUCGAAGAAUCACACUGCUCACAACCAGUCUUACAAAGCCCACAAAAAUGGCAUCAAAAAGCCUCGCAAACAUCGUCACCACUCCACCAAGGGGAUGGACCCGAAAUUCUUGAGGAACCAGAGGUACGCUAGGAAGCAUAACAAGCAGAGCGAUGAAGGAGCUUCGGCGGAAGAGUAGAUCUUCGAUUUUCCGAUUUAAAUGCUUCUUAUUUUCAGGUGUUUUAGUUAAAAAUUUAUUCUAUCAAGAAUAUCGACUUUUUGUUUUUGUUACUGUCUAAUGGAGGAAUCAGAUUUUGUAUUGGAUCAUAUUAGUUAUGGUCAUGAAUGACUUAAAUCGACUUCUUUUUAUCCCUGGCUCA